UUUGAUAUUAUUGCUAAAUAUUAAUAAUGUUUUUGGAGUAUCAAAAAUACCAAAUAUCCAUUUGGUUGACGGAAAUCCAAUGCCUCAGAUAGGAAUGGGAACCUUUCAAAUGACUGACCGCCCUGUCCUCGAACAACGUAUCAAAGAUGCCAUAAAUAUCGGCUAUAGAUCCAUAGAUACAGCUUAUGUCUAUCAAAAUGAACGACUUAUCGGAAAUGCAUUGAAAGAGUUGUUCUCCGAAAAUAUAACCAAAAGGGAAGACCUAUUUAUCACAAGCAAAGUCUGGAGUAAUUUUCAUAAAAGAAAUAGUGUUAUGAAUGCCGUAAAACUAUCGCUAAAUAAUUUAGGACUAAAUUAUUUGGAUUUAGUUUUAGUUCACUGGCCUAUGGCUUAUAGGGAGGGAACGGGCACUACAAGACCUAACUAUACAAUGGACUCUAAUAUAGAUACCGAUACCACUGUUGUAGAGACCUGGAGGGGAAUGGAGGACAUAUACAAAAAGGGUUUGGCCCGUAGUAUAGGGCUCUCUAACUUUAACUCCGAACAAAUAACACGUAUAUUAAGGGAAACACAAUUAAAGCCAACUGUCAAUCAGAUAGAGAUUCAUCCUUAUCUAUCACAGGAAAAGUUAGUUAAUUUUUGUAAAUCAAAUAAUAUAGCGAUUACAGCAUACAGUCCUCUGGGAAGAGCCGAUACCGAACUUUUUAAUGAGACGGUUCUCAAUGAUAUCGCCAUUAAUCACAAUAAGACUGUUCCACAAGUACUGCUUCGAUGGCUUAUUCAAAGAGAUAUUAUUAUAAUACCAAAGACCACAAAACAGGAAAGACUUAUUGAAAACUUUAAUGUAUUUGACUUUCAAUUGACUGACGACGAGAUGAAAGCUAUAUUUAAAUUAAAUAAAAAUAAAAGGAUUUUUGCAAAAUCUGAGUCCUCUAACAAUAGAGAGUAUCCGUUCAAUAUUGAGUUCAAGUAAAUUAUAUUAUUAUUAAUUGAUUAAUUUGUUAAACAUAUGUGUCUCUAAUUAAUUGAGCAUAAUAUUAAACUAUUGUAAUAUUGUAAAAAUAUUGUCUUUUAAUUUUUAAA